UAAGACGUUGAACCAACUUAGACGCUACAAAAAAAAAUGUUCUUAAAGAAAAAUAAUGCGUAUAAAUACGAAGUGGUCUGUCUUUUCAAGUCAUUUGUCACGAAGCGUUAGUGUAGUGUAGUCAAGAUGAAUUUAUUACUUAUAGGGGCGGUAGUAGUGUUGUGGUACAUGUUGUAUAGGUACAGGAGACGCCGGCUGUACAAGCUAGCUGAUCGCAUACCGGCGGUGCCUGCGGAUGUUGCAGAUUUCCAGUCAUUUAAUUUUGUGUACAAUCUUAAAGAUACUAUCACGGAUCAAAUCAAGAACGUGUCAUAUUCUACCCAAAAAAUUGGAGGCUUAUCUAAAAUCUGGGUAGGUCCACUGCUUUAUGUAGUUGCAACAAAUGUGAACGAUGUGGAGUAUAUACUAAAAAAUUGCUUAGAAAAAGCGAAUAUAUCGAAAUUUUUAAGAUACGUUAUCGGUAAUGCCGGGAUUUUUGCACCAGUGUCAAUAUGGACGCGACGUAGAAAAGUAUUGAUAACAGUAUUUACGCCAAAGAUAAUUAACAGUUUUAUGGAUAUCCUCAUAAAACAGAGUGAGGAGCUAGCGAAUCAACUGUAUGAACAAAAGGCGGUUGGGAACGGACCGUUUCUGGCUUGGCCAUUUGUGUGCUCCUACACUUUGGAUUCUGUUUGCGAGACAGCUCUCGGCAUUCGAAUAAACUAUCUGCGGAAUCCCAAUAACGCUUUCAUGAAGGCUACAGCGGAUCUAAUGACGAUGACUACAGACAGACUGUUUCGGGCAUGGUUGUGGCCAGACUGGAUGUAUAGGUUUUCACCUCGAUCUACCCAGUUCGCUGAUGCUUUGAAAAUUGUAUAUGACUUAACUGAUGAUAUCAUUAGAAAGAAGCGAAAGGAACUCGACAAUGUAGAAAUAAACUUGGAUAAUUAUGAAACCGUUUUUGGUCAAGGUCAAAAAGUAAGAUGCUUCCUUGAACAUUUGAUAAUUUUAUCGAAAAACAAUACUGGGCUUAACAAUGUAGAACUAAGGGAAGAAGUACUUACACUAUUGUUCGCUGGAUCAGACACUUCAUCAAUUGUCAUUUGCAAUACAUUAACGUUACUCGCAAAAUAUCCCAAAGUACAAGAGAAAGUUUAUGAAGAGUUAAGGGAAGUGUUAGGUGAUACUGGUCGUAGUGUAACAAAGGAUGACCUUAAAGAGGUUAAAUAUUUGGAGAGAGUAGUCAGAGAAUCAAUGAGGCUAUAUCCACCAGCGCCGUUAUUAGUGAGACAAACUACUGAGGAAACGAAAUUACCUUCAGGAGUAACCCUCCCAGCAGACACCGGUGUCAUAAUGCCGAUUUGGGGAGUCGGCCGCGACAAGGAAGCUUGGGGACCAGACGCAGACUGCUUCAACCCUGAUCGAUUCCUCCCAGAGAACAAGACUGGACCUUUCCUGGCGUUUAGCUCAGGCCCACGAAAUUGCGUUGGUUACCAAUACGCUAUGAUGUCAGUAAAGUUGGCGCUAAUAGCAGUUCUGCGACGGUACAAAGUGAUUGGUGAACAAGAAUUGGGACCAGUACCGAACAUUAACAACCAAUUUAAUUUAGUCAUGAAGGAUAAAGAUGGCUACCCCCUGACUAUGGAAGUCCGAUGAUGAUGCAACAACAUUUAAAUUAGUAAAUUUUUUGUCAGCAUAA